ACAAGAAUGACCGGUGUUUGGGUAAGGUGAAUAUUUACAUUAGCAGUAGGUUUGAAUUACUAGGUUAGCAAACGUUGCCCUCUUUGAGAAAACGGAUAUCGUUUAAGCAUACUAACAUCGCAUGUUAGAAUGUAAAACACAGUCGGGGUUUCUCGCUAAAAUUAGUCUUCACCAGCCACCGGCAUGAACUGGCUAGCUGCUAUGUAUGAGCAUAUUCAUUGAUUGGUGUUACGUUAGUUAGCCAGUUAGCUGCACCAUUACCCUCAAGUCCAAAGACCAAAGAUCAAGUCCGGUGACAGACUGUUUGCUAAAGUUGCAGAGCUACCUCACUGUAUCUGUAAAAGCUUGACUAUACCAAAGUGACUUGAAGCAAAAACCAACACUGCGCUCACGCCACAAACUGAUUACAUUCUGUGCCACUGCCUGUCCCUGAAUGAUUUAUCCUUUCAAAAUAAACUGUGUGGCAUAGCAAAAUAUUUGCUAGCAGUCUAGCUUGCACAGUAUUCAUAGAAGUGUCACUGCAGAUAAAGGCUAACUGCAAGCCUGUCAGAAAUACAGUCUUAUCACUAUAGCAGGGAUAGCGCCUAUUCUUGUCAUAACAAUUUCACUUAGCCUAUGUUAAUUAUGAAUCUCUCAAAAUUAACAGGUACUCCAAUGCGACCAUUGUGUGGCUUGACAUCAUGAGGAUAACAUUGGUAGCUUUGAGUAGCAUAGUCUCCCAUCAUGUUGCCAGGGGCAGUACGUCACUUGGUCCCUCUGUGGCUCUCUGUUUUGACUGCUGGCUGGUUACAGUGUGAGGCAGGGCCAGGGAGAUGGCUGCUGGGACAGGUCUUGAGGAGAGCCUACACCUCCACAAGAGCAAGGCAGGCUGCAGCAGGGGACAGUGCCCCUGUGAGCCCGAGUGUACGGGGACAAGCUGGCCAUGGUGGACGACAGUGGGAGCCACAGCUACAGGGUGUUGUAUGGUAGUAGUAGGGGCCUGGCUGGGCGUAUCAAGGCAGUUCUGGACUGUCCCUCUGGGGACCUACAGGGAAAGUGCAUCUCCUUCCUGUGUGCCAACGAUGCCUUGUACACGGUAGCCCAGUGGGCGUCCAUCUGCCCCCACCUACAGCCUCAGCUGUCUUCUGGAAGCCCCAGAGACCCAGCCUGAGCCUGGCAUCACAGACUGGGCCCAGCGUCUUGCCAUGAUCAUUUACACCAGCGGCACCACAGGCAGGCCCAAAGGGGUUCUCCACACUCACAGCAACAUCCAGGCCAUGGUUCAGGUUCUAGUGUCAGAGUGGGGCUGGUCCAGAGAUAAUGUCAUCCUUCACACCUUUCCCCUGCACCACAUCUAUGGCAUCGUCAACAAGCUGCUCUGCCCUCUCUGGGUGGGUGCCACCACCGUCAUGCUGCCUACCUUCCAGCCUCAGAAGGUAUGGGAAGUCCUGCUCAGCUCCAAGGCUCUUAUGGUGAAUGUGUUCAUGGCUGUUCCAACCAUCUACUCCGAGCUGAUCCGGCACAAUGAGCAGCACUUCUCCCAGCCACACGACCAGGACUUUGUCAGGGCUGCCUGCAAGAAGAGAAUCAGGCCGAUGGUGUCUGGCUCUUCUGCCCUGCCCCAGCCCACCCUUCUACGCUGGGAGGAGAUCACAGGACACACCCUGUUGGAUCGCUACGGCAUGACAGAGAUAGGCAUGGCCCUGUCCAACCCCCUGGAGGGUGCAGUCGGUGUCCCUCUUCCAGGAGUGGAGGUUUGCAUCGUCAUGACGAAAGCAGUCAGCACCACCGUCGCCGAGGGCAACAGCAGAGAAACUCAGGUAUUCAGUGCGUUGGAGGGGAAGGAGGGGGAGCUGAGGGUGCGGGGAGACCAGGUCUUCACAGAGUACUGGAACAAACCAGAGGCCACCAGGGAGUCUUUCACUGAGGAGGACUGGUUCAAAACAGGGGACACGGUGGUCUAUACGGAUGGAGUGUACUGGAUCAUGGACCGCACCUCUGUGGACAUCAUAAAGAGUGGAGGCUAUAGGAUCAGUGCUCUGGAGGUGCAGCGACCCCUGCUAGCCCACCCUGAUACCACAGAUGUGGCUGUGAUUGGUGCUCGGGACGCCACCUGGGAACAGAAGGUGACAGCGGUGGUGCAGCUGAAGAGAGGGCGGAGCAUGACCCUGUCAGAGCUGAAGACCUGGGGCAGGUUACAGGCAAAACAAAGGACAUUAUUAUCACACUAGUUUUAUAGCGCCAUGAAGCAGCAUUAGUAAAAAAAUAUAUAUAUAAAAACAUUAAAACUCCCAAUAAAUGUAGAGGUAUUUAUUUCAAAACCACUCCAUACAGGUGCUUAUAAAUCAUAGAUCUACUGUAUAUUAGAUUUGUUGGUAUGUCUGCUAGCUAGCUGUGCUUUGUCAUGCUGCUCCAUUCCAUCAACCAUUUGGUGUUCAUGGUUCUGUGGCUUUACUAUUUGGGAACAUGCGAAAACCUUAAAUUGUGUGUUUUUGAAAAUAGAAUUUUGUCCACUGCAUUUAUUGAAUUAGAGGAAGACUUCACUGCUCAGUCCCCCGGGGAGUCAUCCAGACUUGUUUAUAGUAACUGCUGCUGAAGCCUCAAAAUCAAUA